AUGGUUCGUCUCAAGAGCGUGGAAGCCAAGGCCCUGCAGCGCCUGCAGAAACAGGCCGGCGUCAAUCAACCGAAAGACAAAUUGUCUAGCGUCAACGGCAAGAAAGUGUACCUCCCUCAAUUCCGCAUCGCCCUCGUCCGAACCCCCAACCUCUCCCCCCGAUAUGCUCAAUUCCGCGUCCCCCUCAACUUCAACAAGUUCGAUCUCCGAAACUACCUCUGGAACCUAUACGGCGUCGGCUGUCUCGGCAUCCGCAGUUACGUCCAGGCACAGCCCAUUACGCGCAUCUCGCGCGAUGGAAAGGGUUACGGGCCAUGGCGUCGACCCAAGUCGCAGAAGCGCAUGACUGUUGAAUUGAAGGAGCCUUUCGUUUAUCCUGCUGAGCCGAAGGAUCUUGAACCAUGGGAAAAGGAAUCUUGGGAGAAGGCCGAGAAGUGGCAGAUCGAGCAACAAGAGAAGGAGAACCCUAAGCGGAAUGCCGGCGAAGAGCCGGACCACGCUUUGCGUGCCGCCUUCAAGGAACAGGCUAAGCAGCUGCUCGAGGAGAAGGAGACUUGGAGACCGACUUGGAAGGCUUUGGGUCUUGAGCCGCAUAAGGCUAACAAGGCUAAUUUCGUUGCGCCUUCUACGCUGCCGGCUUGGUAUAAUAAGUCGCGUAAGCAUGGCGCGCGGUAA